AUGGCGACGCCCAGCUGUCCACCUCCGUCGAGUGGCUACGUCAAGAUGCGGAGGCAGCAGCACCGGCAGCAGCAGCCGCUGGAGCCGCUGGUUCAGCCGGCGGCCGCUCGCUCCACGGCGCCGGCUGCCGCGACGACCCACGGCACGCCGCAGCCUCGACUGCGGUGCUGCGAGCCGCCGAGCACCACGGCGAAGCUCUGGGCGGGAGAGCGCUACAACGGCUUCAACACCGUCGGCGUGGUGGACUACCCCUGGCCCGAGCAGCAGCUCCCCGGGUUCCAAGACACGACGGUUACCGCCAACAUCGGGGUGUGCGUCAGCGGCGGCGGGUGCCGCUCAUACGCGGCCGGCUACGGCCAGAUGCGGGCGCUUCACAACCUGCACCACUUGAAGAGGACGCGGUACCUGGCCGGCGUCUCGGGCGGCUCGUGGCUGACGGCGGUGACCGUCUACAACCAAAACGACACGCCCGACAGCGUCUUUUACGGCGCGAGCCCGCCGCCCGAGGAGCUGACGAUGGCUCAGCUCGCGGAGCUGCCAAAGGAGUCGCUGGG